GUGGCAAGUUGUUUUUUAAAUUAUUUCAUUGUUUAGAGAACAUGCCGACUUUGUUUGGAAAAAUGGCAGGCUUUGUGACUUCGAUAAUGCCAGGUAGAGAGUCACAAACUGAAGCAGCUGUUGCAGGGAAUCAGCACCCAGCAGUGGACGAUGAUGAUGAUUUGGAACGUUUACCUUCAAUAGUCAGAGAUUAUCGGGCAUAUCUAGUGAGAGCUAUCUACGCUGGUGAAGAAACAGAAGAAAUCAUACAGAAACUCAUUGAGCUGGAAUGCCCUAAACUUGAGGAUAAAUAUUAUGCUGUGAGAGCCAGAGACUUAAUAAGUUUAAACAAUAAGGUUGGUGCAGAAGUUUUGUUUUUUUCUUCGAUCUCUGAAGAUUGUUUAAAUGUAAUCAAGGGUUAUUGCUGAAUUUUUUAAACAAAAUCUUACUAACUUAAUUACUAUUAUUUAAUGAAUCAUGCAGACUAAAAUGCUGGUCCUAGUUUAUUUCAACCUUGAGUGUUGUCAACAAAUAUUCAAAGAUAUUUUGUGUUAUCCUUGAUAAAUUUACAGGACCCCAUGAUGGUUGGUGUUACAUAGUUAAAUGAGCCGAUGAUGCUCUGGUUAAAUAGAAUUAUAAUUUCUUGAAAACAAUUAAUUUUGUAAAAUAAGUUUUAUUUAAUUUCUACAGAUUUUUAAUUUUUGAAAAAGUAAACAUUUAACUUACCCAUAAUCAUUAAUCUAUAGGAUAAGGAGUGUCUGAUAGUUUCUCUUUGAAAUCUUAUCUUUCAUUAUUUUAUAUAUUUUUUUUUACAGAGCUUCCAGGAUUUGAAAAAUAUUCACUCUGGUUUGGGUUACAUUGUUAAAUAUGCUAAGUAUCUCUUCAAAGAUCCAGAUAAACGUAAAGAUCAGUGGAGGAUGAUACCCUUCAAAAAUCCUCAUUAUCAGAAAAAAAUCAAACCUCUUCAGGUACUUUUUUUUGGUGAAAUGCAUUAAUUUUGGAUGGCAAUAUAUAUUUUUGGUAUAUUCACAAAUGGCAUUGUGCAUAAUCCCUAUCUGCUGUUUAUUGGAUAGGAUUAAAUCAUUGAUUGGUUAGCAAUUUGUGAUAGUCCCUCUCUUCUUUUGUCACAGCCCUUCAACCCAAAUCAGCUCAAUCCAUUUCAAAAUUAGUUACACAAAUAUGCCCCCGCCUUCCAACUGCAUGGAGUCAUUUGUAAAAAACCCAAUUAAACACUUGUUCACACACAUAUGACACCCCACUCCCCCUAACUGCAUGGCAUCAUAUGGGUAUAACUCUUUCGUGUACCAUUAUUUAUGGUUAGAAUUUCUAAUUAAUUUCAUGUAACAGAAGCAAACAUGGGUGUGUUGGUAUUUGUAUAAAGUCAUUUCAUGUAACAGCAGCAAACAUGGCUGUGUUGGUAUUUGUAUAAAGUCAUUUCAUGGAGAUAUUUUUAUUAUUCUUUAAAUUUCCCAUUUUGAAUGUAAAUUGUCUUAUUAAUUUGCAUUGGUUUGUACAAGUAAUGUUUAUCUCAGUGGUAAACAGUAAUGUGUUAUAAUCUUGAGUUGGUGACUUCCAGCCUUUCAUUGUUUCUGUCUUAGAAACUUAUUUUUUGAUGACAUGCCAGGCCUUUCAGUGUUUAUGUUUUAGAAUCGUGUGUUUGGUGACAUUCCAUCCUUUCAAUGUUUACUGUUACCUAGGGUAGUGAAACCUUACUGAUGCAGCUGGGCUACACUGAGCAGACAGAGCAGGGCUUGAGAUUCCCACAGGGACAGGAGCCUGAGAGAGAGAAGGUGGUGAACCUCAUAGCUGACAUGAUGCUGUUCAAGAAAGAGCUCAAAGAGUACAUACUUGACAAACACCCGCGUCCUCAGCACAUUGAACAGCUGCUGCCCCAACAAACAAGGUAGAUGUGUUUGUAAUAUAAGUUGUCUUUAUUUUAUUGAAUGAUGGGGAUUUGUUUGCAACAGCAUGAUGAUACAUACAAAGCAAUUUGGGGAUAUUUUUUAAAAUUUUAGCCUUUGGAAAUAGGAGAAAGUUGGUUGGCUAUAUAAGAAAUAUAAAUAGAAUAGGAUGUUAAUGAACUUUGAAUUUCAGGAUAAUUAUUGCAUAAUUUAUGAAUAAAUGCACAUAGAUUCUGCAGAAGGUCCCCCUCCCACGCUGCCAUACACGCCCACAAAAUUGUGAAAAUCAACAAACCACCCUCCACCUUCAAUGCAUAAUAAUAUAUGGAUAGUCCCUAACCCCAACCCAGGAGAAAUGUUUAUAAGUACUUCUUUUUAUUCAGAAAAUUAGACUAUUAUCAAGGCUCAAAAAUGAUUUUAUUUGUUAAUUUAAUUUAACUUACCUGUUACAAUUAGAAGUUAUCUUAUCUUAAAUGAUAGAAAUCAAGAAAUUAUUUUUUUUAAAGUCCUGUGAAUUUUUUUAAAGAUAUCAAUCUGGCCAAACUUUUCAAUGCUAAAAAAAUAAAAAUAGUUAUUCUUUUCUACUUGGCUUGCAUAAAAUAAUCCUGAGUUUCUGGAUAAGCCAAAUUUCUUAACUCUGGUUAACUUCAUGAGUGGCAUUCAGAAGUGGAUCAGGAGACUAAAUAUCUCUAAGUCAUUAUGUCUUUAGGCUGGUAUUUAGUACCAAUUAGUUGAGCUGUCCAAUCAUUUUCUGGCUUGUAGUAGCUAGUUGAGCUGUCCAAUCAUUCGCUGGCCUGUAGUAGCUAGUUGAGCUGUCCAAUCAUUCGCUGGCCUGUAGUAGCUAGUUGAGCUGUCCAAUCAUUCGCUGGCCUGUAGUAGCUAGUUGAGCUGUCCAAUCAUUCGCUGGCCUGUAGUAGCUAGUUGAGCUGUCCAAUCAUAAACCCUUCUUGGUUCAUCUGUUAACAUGUUUUUGAUUUCUCAGAAGGUAUUUGAAUCGAUAAAAUCCCUUGGUUAAGACUGAUUCAACUAGACGAAUGCCAUAAGAGAACAUUUGUUCUUCAGAGAGAAAUGUUAAGGAAGAUCUUGAAGGCAAUCCACCUAACUCUUUGUCUCAUUAUAUUCAGGGAUGAGGUUCUUGCCUUCAGACUGUCUGGACUUAAGAUUGAUGAUGAAAAUGUGGAUGCUGCAUCAGGACAAAGUUCAAUAGCUUAUUACAACUCUCCGGCAAGCUCAACACCAACACCUCAAAAUCACGUGCAGGUAAUUUCAAAACACCAUUUUUCACUGAAUAGAUUUUGUUUGGCAAAGUUGGAUAUAGAUUAUAUUUGACCAGACAAAAGAACCCUUCAUGUGCUGCCUUGAAUAGCUUAGUCGUAAGGAAGCCAACCUCUGCUUCCCCCAACAUUGCAGGUUAACCCUUAUGAGUUUAUUAAUGUUUAAAACGAGAUAAUUUUGCAGCUCGAAAUACAGAACAGGACAAGAAAAGAAAGGUUCAUCUGAAUGACUUGAGCAAAGGCAACAGUAACAAAACACAAUACAUUAGACAAGUCACUUCUUGGCAACAGUAACAAAACACAAUACAUUAGACAAGUCACUUCUUGGCAACAGUAACAAAACACAAUACAUUAGACAAGUCACUUCUUGGCAGCAGUAACAAAACACAAUACAUUAGACAAAUUUUCUUUUUUUAUGUCUAACUUGUUGUGUUUGUUUUGUACUGUUGCAUUGGAAAAUGAAGGCAGUCAGCCAAACUUUAGUUUGUUUUGCACUGUUGCAUUGGCAAAUGAAGGCAGUCAGCCAAACUUUAGUUUGUUUUGCACUGUUGCAUUGGCAAAUGAAGGCAGUCAGCCAAACUUUAGUUUUAUUGUCUUGUCCUGUAAGUCAGGCUACAAUAUAUCUUGUCUCGAUUAUUUCUUUAACGCACAUCGAAUGCACUUUCCACCGUGUUAUGACCUUGAUAACCUUAGUGCACUGGAUGUAGGCUGUGACAACAGUACUCAUUUUAUUCUUGUUAAGUAAAAAAUGGUAUUUUCCAAGUUGUGCAACUUUUGGUCUCUUGCAGACACACAAUUCAAUCAACUUUUGGUCUCUUGCAGAUGCACAAUUCAAACAACUUUUGGUCUCUUGCAGACACACAAUUCAAACUACUUUUGGUCUCUUGCAGACACACAAUUCAAACAACUUUUGGUCUCUUGCAGACACACAAUUCAAACAACUUUUGGUCUCUUGCAGACACACAAUUCAAACAACUUUUGGUCUCUUGCAGACACACAAUUCAAACAACUUUUGGUCUCUUGCAGACACACAAUUCAAUCAACUUUUGGUCUCUUGCAGACACACAAUUCAAUCAACUUUUGGUCUCUUGCAGACACACAAUUCAAACAACUUUUGGUCUCUUGCAGACACACAAUUCAAUCAACUUUUGGUCUCUUGCAGACACACAAUUCAAACAACUUUUGGUCUCUUGCAGACACACAAUUCAAUCAACUUUUGGUCUCUUGCAGACACACAAUUCAAUCAACUUUUGGUCUCUUGCAGACACACAAUUCAAACAACUUUUGGUCUCUUGCAGACACACAAUUCAAGCUCCUUGAAUUUAGAGUGCAAUAACAAUAACAGCAGUAGUGACAUUGAGCCAAAGUUGACAGAAGAAACUGAAGCCACUAAAAAAACUGAACAAGUGCCAACACCAGAGUCGCCAUUGCUGGCUGAGGGUCAAGCUGGGACACCGGCAGCUGCUGAGGUCAGUCUCUCAACUCAUUACUUUAGUCUGUAGACAUCAUGAAACUCAUACUUAAAGUUCUGUGGAGCUAAUCUCUUACAUACUUCUAAAACUAAUCUGUGGAGCUAAUCUCUUACAAACAUCUAAAACUUUCUGUGGAGCUAAUCUCUUUCAUACAUCUAAAACUAAAUGUGGAGCUAAGAGCUAAUCUCUAACAAACAUCUAAAAUCUGUGGAGCUAAUCUCUAACAAGCAUAUAAUACUAUCUGGAGCUAAUAUCUAACAAACAUCUAAAGCUAUCUGGAGCUAAUCUCUAAAAGCAUCUAAAACUAUCUGUGGAGCUUAUCUCUAAAAAACAUCUAAAACUAUCUGGAGCUAAUUUCUUACAUACUUCAAAAACUGUCAAUGUAUUUUUGGGGGGAUAAACAUUUAGACUAUAGCUUUUAAAAAAAUGUUGAAUUUAUUAAAUAAGUUUGAUGAUACAAUCUUUGUAAAAAAAAAGCCAUUUUAGUAUUCAGAUAUCAGAGGUGGCAAAACAUCACUUAUCUGAACCAAACAUGGAUCAAGCACCUGUACUUUAAAAAAACAAAGGUCACUGUCAUGCCUGGCUUUUGAAUAUCUGUUGUAUCAUCAGGUGCAGGGUAACCUUGGUGACAUGCAAGCCAUCCAGGAUUUGGUCUCGUCCCAGGAGGAAGUGACGGACGCUGUGCCAUCACGAAGUGAAGGGGGAUCCUCCUCCAGCAGUAAAAGAUACUGUAAGAUCAAAUCCAAAACUGUUACAUCGUCAGUAUAACGACUCUGUUGACGUUUCAGUGGCUGAGUUGUGUUGUUUUUUUUACCAGUGACAUUAGCUUGCCCCACACUAGCUCUCAUCCUUUUGCAAUCUGGCUUGGGACAGGCCGUGGCCCGAGUGGGUGACUUUAUUGUGUUUAUGGGUUUAAUCCACUGGCUGAGUUGCACAUUUCCUUUGGAUCAAUGUGUUAAUGAUUUGCUCAGUGGGUUGUGUGUUUAGGUAUGGAGAUUCAUUGUGCGGCUGUUGCUGUGUGCUUCAGUAUUUUGUGAUGAAUUUUGUGAUGUAUUUUGUGAUGUAUUUUGUGAUGUAUUUUGUGAUGUAUUUUGUGAUGUAUUUCGUGAUGUAUUUUGUGAUGUAUUUUGUGAUGUAUUUUGUGAUGUAUUUUGUGAUGUAUUUUGUGAUGUGUUUUGUGAAGUAUUUUGUGAUUAUUUUGUGAUGUAUUUUGUGAUGUAUUUUGGGAUGUAUUUUGGGAUGUAUUUUGUGAUGUAUUUUGUGAUAUAUUUUGUGAUGUAUUUUGUGAUGUAUCUGGGUGUAUUUGGGAGAUGACGCUCUUUGUUAUGGGUUUUGUUAGUUUGUGGGUUGCAGAGAGAUUGCGGAAAGAAGGAGGCUCGCUGUUGUUGAAAUAAAGAACCACAUGUUAUAUGGAUCUUGGAUUUGUUUACCUUUUACCCCUAGGCUUAACGAAGCUCUUGAACCACUUUUCCAACUAGCAGUGCGUAACAAAGAGUUAUAUAUUUUAUUGAAAUUUUAAAAUAUUUAUAGCGAAAAUAAACAUGAGUUGUUUUGCCUUGUAAUUGAUUUUUUAAAAAUUCAAGUUGACGUUAGGGUCUCUAAAAAAAAUAAACCAACAGUUUUGUAUUUAAAAUUUAUAACGAUUUUCUCAUGUACAGCUUGCAGUGUCUGUGGGGAAGAUGCGGUCCUGUUCUGCACCGGAUGCUCCAAUAAAAUGCUGUGUGAAAACUGCAAUGUCAACUGGCACAAACAUCCUGCACGGAGCCAGCACCCUCAGAUGCACAGGGCAGAAUCGGUCAGCGCACUCAUCAGCAUCACACCAGACAGUUCCCUGCAGCUCGUCUUUGAUGCCACUUACGGCAUCCACCAGACCAAUAAUACAAAGUAACUAUCUGGAUGCUCAAAUCUCUUGGGUCACUGUGUUUAAGAAAUUAUGUCUGGAUGUUGUGUAGUUGUGUGAGUUAAUCAAAUUUGGUCAUGGUCGUAAAGAUGUAAAUAUUCAUUGGUAAUGGUCAUAAAAUCCUAAAUUUUCAUCGGUAAGGUUCGUAAAGACAUUUUUCACUGAUAAUGGUCGUAAAGACCUAUAUUUUCAUUAGUAAUAGGCUUAAGACAUAUAUUUUCAUCGGUAAUGUUCGUAAAGGCCUAUAUUUUAAUUGUUAAUGGGCUUAAGACGUUUAUUUUCGUUGGUAAUGGGCCUAAAGACCUAGAUUUUCAUUGGUAAUGUUUGUAAAGACAUUUUUCAUUGGUAAUGGUCGUAAAGACCUUUAUUUUCAUUGGUAAUGGGCUUAAGACGUAUACAGUGGAACCUCUCAUAACAAGCACCUCUCAUAACGAGUAAUUCGCAUAACGAGCAAAAAAAAAUGUGAAGAAGUUGCUCCCUUAACGAGCGAAAUGUUACCAGUUACGCAGAAAGGGGAAGUCCCUUUUUCCAAAUAUUCAUUUGUGAGCCAGGACUUCCGCUCCAAUCCAUUAGUCUCUGUUUAGCACUCGGUCUGUUAGCGUAUUAUUUUCGUGUGUGAUCACCAGUUUUUACAAAUUUUGUAUUCAGACAGUAUUCAUAAUUUUUUUAUGUGCAAAGUGUAAUAAAUGUGCUAAAAUGUCUUCGAAGAAAAAACCACAAGAAGACAAUCAUAAGAGAGAAAAAAUAACUGUUGAAAUGAAACGUAAAAUCAUUGAAAAGCAAGAACAAGGUGUGAGGUUGGCUAAUCUAGCGCGCACAUACAAUCUGUCAAAAACAAAUGUCUAUAGACAGUUUUCUAGUUAAAAAGGAUUAAUUAUUUGUCAUAAAUUCAUAUUUUUAUUUACGUUUUUUGUUUCAAAUCUAAAUUGUAUUCCAAGUUGUUAAAUUCCUUAAAAAUUCAUAAGUAAUUUUAUUUGAAUAAAUGUUAAUAAAAUUUUUUUGAAAAAUGAGUAUUUUUUCAGCAUGGAACGCAUUAUGGUAUUUUACAUAGAUUUGUAUUGGGAAAAUUGUUUCGUUUAAUGAGUGUUUUGCUUAGCGAGUAAGAUUCUGGAAGAAUUAUGCUCGUUAUGAGAGGUUCCACUGUAUUUUCAUAGGUAAUGGUCGUAAAGACCCUAUAUUUUCAUUGGUAUGGGCUUAAGAUGUAUAUUUUCAUCGGUAGUGGGCUUAAGAUGUAUAUUUUCAUUGGUAGUGGGCUUAAGAUGUAUAUUUUCAUCGGUAGUGGGCUUAAGAUGUAUAUUUUCAUCGGUAAUGGGCGUAAAGACCGAUAUUUUCACCUUUGUUUUUAUCAAAACAUUUUUGUUGUCCCAUUGAAACAAAAGUGAUAUCAGCAAAUCUAUUUUUGUUCUUGAAUAUUUCUUCUUCUUCUUCUUCUUCUUCUAUAUCUUAAGGGCCCACGAUCAAUUUAUUGAUCAUUUUGGCUCCUAUGCAUGUAGAUGGGAUUUGCAAUGUUUCUGUUACUGGUGGUGAUGAGGAAAUUAUGCACUAGGGGUUUGAAGGCUUGAGGCAAUAGACACAAAUGUGUCUAGUGUUGUCGCCUCAACUGUUCCUUUUGAAAGAUGGUUCCAGUCCCUGAUUGUCUUGGGCAGGAAUGAGCAGCUCCUAUACUGGCUUCUUGCUGGUAUGAGCCUGAAUUGCCUGUCAUGGCCUCGUCGCUGUCUAUGGGGGAGAGGGACGAGUUUCUGUUUAAUACUGGAACAGUGGACCAGCCCAUUAUUUAUCUUGUACAUCAUGGAGAGCCUGGAUUGUCGUCGUCGUUUCUCCAAUGGUGACCAGCCUAGUGUUUCUAGCAUGCUGCCAACACUAGAGGUAUUCCUGUAGCGGUUUAGGACAAAGCGUGCUGCUCGUCGCUGGACCGCCUCCAACCUGUCAAUGCUCUUCUGGGUAAAUGGGUCCCAGACUGAAGAUGCAUAAUCUAAAAUCGGACGGAUAAAGGCUUUAUAUGCUCUUUCUUUCACACAGGAGUUGCCAAUCUUUAGAUUUCGCCUUAAGAACCCCAAGGCUUGGUUUGCUUGGUUACAUACAUUGUUAAUAUGCUCGUCCCAGCGGACCUCUCUUUGAAUGGUAACACCCAGGUACUUUACGGAGGAAACUUGCUCAAGAAUAUGGCCGUGCAGUUUGUAUUGGUAGUGUAGAGGAGUACAACUUCUAGAGAUUGAUAGUGUCUGGCACUUGGCAGGGUGAAAUUCCAUGUCCCAGCUCAUCUCCCACUCAGCUAACAGAUUGAGCCGGUGUGAAAAUACAAAAUAUUAUGAUUGACCUUUUGUUUAUUAUCUAAGCAGUUAAUGAGAUCCAUCUAAAUUAAUGAGGAAUGAUGGGGAAAAAAAAACAACAGUUUUGAAACAAUUGUGAUGGAAAACUCCAUUUUUCUCCUUAAGAUUGAGCAAAAAGCAGCAAACGUACGUCAUGGACCAGAAGAGCAGAAUCAAGAAACCUGAGAGAGAUCAGCUCUACGGCAAUGUUCCUGAUCUGGCCAGUCUCGGCCAGGACAUCCUCCCGGGCAAUUCUUACUCUGUCCACAGAACACUUUACAGGUAGAGGGGGAAAUCAUGGCAUUUGAUGAUCCCAAUGCAGAUUGUUGUUUUUUGUUGAGAAAAUUAGGUGUAAAAUCUUAGCUAUAAAAUCUUAGUUGUAAAAUCUUAGCUGUAAAAUCUUAGCUGUAAAUCUUAGCUAUAAAAUCUAAAUCCACCACAUUGUAUAAUAUAUUCAUGUAGAUAGAGCAGACAUUGGUAAUUUAUUUAGAAAUAUUGUUUCUUUUAUAUCUGCAAGGAGAUAAAAAUCUUUUCUUAAUAUAUUCAAUGAUAGAAUAACACUUCAAUAAUUUAUUACAUAAAAUUGUUUUUUUUUAUCUAAUUUGAAAUGAUAAGAAAUUGAAUAGAAAGUUAUAAAUUAGAGAUAACCAAAUUUGUAUCAUACAAUGGCCCAAUGUAAUCCAUUAAAUUUAGUGGACUAUUUAUUACCGUAUAAAUGUUUUUUUUAAUAUAAAAGAUUUUUCCAUUUGUUUUCUCAGAAACCAACAGCCCAAUGACUACCAGAUAUUAGAUUAUCAGAGACAACAAAUCCAUCCAUCACUCUAUCCCAUGCCAAAUGUCUUAAGCUCAAAGAAUAUGUCCCCUUAUAUGAAUUACCCUGAUGAAAAUGUCAUAGGGCAUGGGUUGUCACAAGGUGAUCCACACCAGCAGCUGCACAGACCUAAACAACCAUUGCCUCAGCACCUGCUGGAGUCUCCAGAGGGUUUGCCCUCGUAUGUAGUCCAGCAGCUCAGAGAUCAGCAGAAAAGAAACUUGAUUGGCCCAUUUCCAUCGCAGCAGCACCCAGUGCCCAUGCCAGGCUCCGGUGUGUAUGUACAUAACCAGACAUAUCCCCAGGCUCAACCUAUGAGUGAGCUUGGCCUCCCACCCUCGUACACCAGUGGGCCCGGGAGCAUGUACCCGCCACAAUUACCCAGUGCUAGUCUUCAAAAACAUUCAAGUAAUAUGUACUAUGGUGUGGCCCACCCUCCUUACAGACCCUCAGCACCCCUGCAUGGCGGUCAUGAUCUAAACAUGUAUGGUCAGUUCAGCAGCCCGGCACUUCAUGUCCAUCAUGGCAGUGCAGGUUACGGCCCUCAGAUGACCAGACCGUACCCAGGCAACAAUCCUGGGAUCAUGACCUCGGUGGCCAGCUCGGGUUACUACACCGAUUAUCAGGACAAUAAACUAACCCCGAGCUCCAAAUACAUUCAGCGUCUGCUUCAGGAACCAGAUAUCCAUAAACGGAAGGUCAAGUGCGAGAACUACAUUGACGAUUAUGAGAUGGACUUAAAGGACCUGGAGAAAGAGUUCAACGAUCGCCUGCUGGAGAUCGAUGAGUUUUCAGAGUCUGAAGUGUGCAGGGACAUGAACAAGAGAAAAGCAGCACUACUGAAAGAGAAACGUAAUUUGGAAAUGUUCCGAAACAAUAUGGACACUGAGCCUCAGAAAGCUCCGCCGACCGCAAACCUCUCGCAUUAUAAACAAGAGGACCAGCAAAUCUACUAUCCACCAGAGAUUGAGAAAGCUUCCUUGAGGCCCAGCAGGCUGCAAACUCCACCAUCCAACUACGGCCAGACUGCCGUUCAGAAAGCGGCAAAAACGGAGGGAUUUCAACAAGGUGAUCCGGGAGUUUACAACCGCAAUACCAACAAUACUGGUAAGCUGAAAGCGACCGCAGCAGCUGGCACCGUUAGGGAAGAGGGCAGGAAAGCUGGCAACUCACAGGCAAGUGUUUGAGUUCUGUAGUCUCAUUCUUUAAGUAAAAUAUGUAAAUCUGUCAAACUGUAGUAGGAUCCACAUCUGUCAAACUGUCGUAGGAUCCAAAUCUGUCAAACUGUUGUAGGCUACACAUCUGUCAAUCUGUCGUAAGAUUCAAAUCUGUCAAACUGUCGUUGAUUCACAUGUGCAAAAGUGUCGUAGGCUCCACAUCUGUCAAACUGUCGUAAUAUCCACAUCUGUCAAACUGUCGUAGGAUCCAAAUCUGUCAAACUGUUGUAGGCUACACAUCUGUCAAUCUGUCGUAAGAUUCAAAUCUGUCAAACUGUCGUUGAUUCACAUGUGCAAAAGUGUCGUAGGCUCCACAUCUGUCAAACUGUCGUAAUAUCCACAUCUGUCAAACUAUCGUAGGAUCCACAUAAUUUCAUCUUAGAGCCUAUGACUAUGUUCUACUUCUCAAAUAAUCACAUUAUCUCAUUUAUUUUUGAUUGUUCAGAGUGAAAAUAAAAAACAACUUUUAUUAGUUGUGGUAUUGAUCAAUAAAAACUUGAUUAGUUGUGGUAUUGAUCGAUAAAAACUUGAUUUGUUGUGGUAUUGAUCGAUAAAAACUUGAUUAGUUGUGGUAUUGAUCAAUAAAAACUUGAUUAGUUGAGGUAUUGAUCAAUAAAAACUUGAUUAGUUGUGGUAUUGAUCAAUAAAAACUUGAAAAAAACUUGAUUUGUUGUGGUAUUAAUGGGAGAGAAAAACAACGUUUGAAUCAUUAUUUCAGCAGUACAAAAAUGCAAAAAGUAAUACGAACCAAGGAGUGUCAAGGAUACCUGUGGAAAGUAGCAGCAGUGUGGACGAUAAUGUAAGUUAAAACAAGAUUUUUUAUAGUGUCAUGGUAGUGUAAUUAAAGGGUAGCUUAGGGUCACACCAGUUUUGAUGAAGUGCAGCUUAGUGUCACACUAGUGUUGGUGAAGAUUCCUCUCUAAAUAAUAAAUGCCAUGGUUAAUUUGAUUUUGUGUACUUAUCUUGAAUUCAUUUAAUAAAACAACUCAUUUAGUAAAACAACUCCUUUAUUAAAACAACUCAUGUAAAGAAACAACUCAUUUAGUAAAACAUCUCGAUUAGUAAAACAACUCAUUUAGUAAAACAACUCCUUUGGUAAAACAACCAUUGUAAUGAAACAACUCCUUUAGUAAAACAACUCAUUUAGUAAAACAUCUCGAUUAGUAAAACAACUCAUUUAGUAAAACAACUCAUUUAGUAAAAUAACUCCUGUAUAAAACAACUCAUUUAGUGAAACAACUCAUGUAGUCUAGCAAAUGCAAUAAAAAAAAUGUUCAAAACUGUCCCAGUAUUUAAUUACAGUGCAUAUUUUGUGUUGUGUUCUUACCUAAUAUUGCUAGCAUACACAGGUCUAGUCCCUUUCAAUGACUGUCAUUGUAUUUAUAGUUUGACAUCAUACACCUGCCCCCACCUGACAUUCCCCCCAGGCCACGACCUGGCAGUGAGGAGAGCAUACUUAACAAAAUAAUCCAUCCGCCCAGACAGCCUGGCAUGUUUCAUCCCAAGUAAGUCAUCAAUCAGCAUUAGCCAGAUUAUCGGAAAUGGUCAUGUCACAAUUAAUUUAAACAUUCUGUGUAUAUUUAAAACAGUACAUUAUCCAGACAUUGAGUUAUCCGACUUUUCUUGCAUUUAUUUUUGUAACCUGGCAAUGAAGAAUGGAUGGGGGUGGAUGGGACUCGUUAGCCUUGGAUGGCAACUCAUCUAAGAGAAGGAAACUCUGAAAUCAAACCCAGUGAUGAAGUCCCGAAAGGCGGAUAACAUUGAUACAAUGAAACAUUCCGACAACUCCUGCGAUGUCACUGGUGCCAAGCUGUAUCAUCCAAUGAUGUUCCCUUGGGUUAUCCAGCGGCAUGGAGAGAGGCGAUUUGCUGUUUGGAACCAGCUUAUAAUCCUUGAAGAAUAAUCCCAGGCAUUGUGGAUUUCAUCCUCUGAAAGCAAAAAAAAAAAAAUGAAGAAUAUAUGUCUACAAUGAAGGCAGCAUCACAUUUGCAUUUCAGGUAAAAUAAACAAGCACAAUGCAAAACUUAGAUGAUCAACACUGUUGAACAAAGUUAUUAUUAGGUUUUUUUUUAGAAUAGGGAGACGCCUGUUAUAUUUGAUUAAUAGCAGUAUGGAAAGGAGUCAAAAAGGCAGAAGAUGCACGAAACAAAGCCUUGCAACAAAAAGAGCAUUUCAGAGGGCCAAGUUUAACCAGAGGUUAAGGUUCUCCUGUGAGAAAUGCAGCCAAGACUGCCAUUCCAGGAUUGGCCUCAUUAGCCAUUUGAUGAAGUGUCCAUUGCUACUCUAUUGUCUUGCAAAGGCAGAAAAGAUGCCAUAUAAUAAUUUAUAAUAAUGAGACUUACAUAUGAUAAUAAUAAUUCUUAAUUAUAAUUGUAAUUAUUUCCUUUGUAGCUCAGGGGCGUGAGAAAAGGAUGGUGGGCUUAUAUUAUAUAGAGGACAAAUAGUUCUCAAAAUCCAAUGAUGUUAGAAAUUUAAACAUCCUUUUCAUGGAUACUUCUUUAAAAGAAGGGAGAGUCUGGUUUACUAUUUCCUAAAUAUACAUUUCAAUGGCCUGGAGAAUUUUCAUUAUCAUUUUUUUAACAAUACAAUAUCUCAAAACCCGAUUCAGUAGCAUAAAUAAAAAUUAGCCAAUCUUGAGACUUUGCAAAGCUGGCAGCAAGUAUCGCAACAGGCCUUCCAUUUUUAGCCCGGUAACACUGGGGUCAUAUCCUCUAGCACAGGCCUGCACAUCCACUUUUUUGCCCGCAAAGUAACAAAACAUUCUUUAUUAUUAUUAUUUUCUUAAUAGCUUCCGCCCCCCGCCCUAUUUUCUUUUGGCCCACACAAUUCCUGUCCGAAUUUCUUUUGGUCCGCACAAGUUUUUCAUUAGUUAUUACGGCCCGCCUUACAUUUUGAGUUGUGCAGGCCUGCUCUAGCAUAUAAUAUGUCAUCAAUCAUCCAGAGUUUUUAAUUAUAAAUUUGUAUGGGCCAGACCAAACUUGGUCGCCUUUGAGUCACCUAAGUAUUGAUGGGAGCCGCCAUCCUAUUUUCAGACAGUGGCAGUGCCAGCAUUGUACGUACAUUAACGAGCCGACUGCACACGCUUGUUCCAUGUGUGACAAAACCUCCACCAACCCUGAGCUUAUCAGCGAUCAGUUUGACGAGGAUCACAUUGGUGAAAUCGACAAUGACCACGAUCAGAAUGAGGCUGACAUCUCCCAUGAAAUGUCCCUGAAGAAUGACGCCCUGCUCCAAAUGAUGGCAGCAGGGGAGGGCCAUGAUGAAAGUUUUCUGAGCAUCGACCCUGACGAGACUCCAGUCGUUGGGGCUAAUAUAAUUGGCAGUCAAAUUCAGGUGAGUGCGGGUCAGGACAAAAAUCGGAAGAAGUCGGAUUCAGGUAAGAGCUAGAGCAAUAAUUGAGAAGAAGAUGAUUGUGAUUCUCAGCGAUAAAAAUGUGUUUAACAUCAAGCAUUUUGGAGUGGGUGACAUCCAACAUCAUUUUAAAGCCAUGAGUUUUGUUACUGACCUUUCCUUUCUCUCCCCCACCCCCACCUCACACGUUUGACUCUGAUCUGUUUUCCUAGGUGAUGUUGGAGAAGCAAAGAGCACAAGAAGAAUACCAGCAACGAAUGGACCGACAGGUCACUGCCAGCCCUGUGAGUAGCCAACUGUUUAUGUGUCACUUUCCAACAACACGAUAUAACUUGACAAUGUUAAGAACACAAGUAGAGAUUUAGCUAUGUGUUUACCUCCAGAUAAGCUGUAACAAAAAAAAAAAAAAAUUCAAAAAAAAAUUUAAAAAAUUCAAAGUUAAACAUUUUCUUUCGUGUGAUUUUUAUUGUGUGUAACUGUUUUGGCUUUGCUUUUCUUCCCUGCCCUUGUUUUCGUAUCCCUCUUAGAUGUUACGUCUGUUAUUUUGUAUGUCACCAGCUGCUCACAGCAUCCAGAAGUGAAAGCCAGUCUCCCACACCAUCAUCAAAAACUGUGUACGGAGUGGGCGCUCGCCCCAAAAAGACCAACAGUCCCAGGCCUGACCUGACAGCCGGUGAAGUCUCCCUCUCUGGUGCCUCGGACUACCACACGCCACCGUCCGGUCUGUCCCCACCUCCGUCCACGCCACCUAAAGGUCAUCCCACAUCGGUGUCCAAGCUGAAGGAGUCCGGUUCAGACAACGGCGGCCGAAUGAGCAGUCUGGAGGACGCUCUGGCCCGCUACAAUGAACAGACUUUAAUAGAAACCCUGCAGGCCGAAGGAGCCCAGCUGUCAAAGUUGAUAAAGGUUGGUGGCGGCUGUGAAACAUCAACAUACACUUCUACUCUUAGGUCUGUUCAUGUCUUUGCUGUGAAACAUCAACAUACACUUCUACUCUUAGGUCUGUUCAUGUCUUUGCUGUGAAACAUCAACAUACACUUCUACUCUUAGGUCUGUUCAUGUCUUUGCUGUGAAACAUCAACAUACACUUCUACUCUUAGGUCUGUUCAUGUCUUUGCUCUUGGCUCAUGUUAUGGGACAUGAAUUCACAAUCUUUGGGUCCUGCAUUCUGCACAAAAUACAGAGAGCUUAAAAUGAAAUCUUUUCAUUGACAUUAAAGAUGGAAUCAAAUAAUUUAAACCACAUAGUAAAGAUUAAGUCAAAUCUGUCAAUCCACAUAGCAAAGAUUAAGUCAAAUCUGUCAAUCCACAUAGCAAAGAUUAAGUCAAAUCUGUCAAUCCACAUAGUAAAGAUUAAGUCAAAUCUGUCAAUCCACGUAGUAAAGAUUAAGUCAAAUCUGUCAAUCCACAUAGUAAAGAUUAAGUCAAAUCUGUCAAUCCACAUAGCAAAGAUUAAAUCAAAUAUUUUAAUCCCCACUGCUCAAUUGGUAACUCACCCUCAUUGUGAUGAGUUUGAUGUGCAGUGUUGUUGAAGUUUUAGUGUUAUCAGUCAACUGAAAAUUCGAGAACAUCUUUAGUAACAGGUAGAUAGAUCUCCAAUAAACAUCCACAUACGGAGGGAGUUCAGUCAAAGAACAAUGCACUUACGAUUUAGUACAUAACCUGUCAGCAUUGCUUUAACCUCUUAGUAUUGCUUUUUAUCAAAUUACAACUAACAAGAUAUUAUUAAAUGUUUUUUUCCAGAAGGCUGACCAAGAAGGUUUUGAGGUGGAGGCAGUUCAGGUGGCCUUGACCUUUUGUGAGCAUCAGAAGAUGGGACCUCUGGAGUGGCUGAGAUCUAACUGGAACAGAAAUGUUGAAAAAGUCAUCGCCAUGGCCACGGCGAUAGGCAACAAGCAGCAGUGUAACAGUGUUGGGGAGUUGACAGCCUCCGAGGCUCAGUCUGCUUACAUAAGUUGCCAUGCCAACAUGAAAGAGGCGGCACAGUUGUGUGCAGACAGGAGGAUUAAGCUGGUAAGAAUUUAUUGAUAGUUUUACCCUCUGACAUUCAGUAACAAACAGGAAUUUAUUUCUUUUCUAAUGUAUCACUACACCUAACGUAUUUUUUCUAUGUGUAGUUUGGUGUAUUUUUUUCUAUGAGCAGUUUGAGCACCUAAGCCAUCUUGGUUGGUGACUUAUUUUUUCUUGUAUGCAGUUUGAGUACCUGAGCCAACUUGGUGAUUUCCCAAGGGAGGAGAUCCUGCAGACCAUGAACCAGUGUCAGGGGGAGCAGGAAGCAUCAGAGUACCAGCUCCUGCAGUCCAACCUGCAGCACUUCAUGGACCAUAUCUGGGCCCAGAAGGACAGCGGCCAGUCCAGCCGCUUCGCCUUCCCAGACAUCACCAGCUCUGACGUCUGCCACAGCCUGUCCACCAGCGUCAUAGCCCAUUCUGACUUUCAGAAAAUGAUUAAAAACAAGUUGAUACCCACGGAUGUAAGUCUUUAGUCAGCUGUUUCAGCUGUUUGCAUGCGCUUUCCUGUCCAUUAACUGCCUCUACAACUUUUCAGCUGCCAGUUUUAACUGUUUCAAAGUAAACUAGUUCACUAUAUAUGACAACUCUGGGUAAUGUUAAAAUUUCAGCUGUUUAUGAAAUUGAAUCUGUGAUCAGUGGCGUAACAACGGCUUGGCAUUGGGGCAGUUGCCAAGGGCGCCGGCCUGCGCCAGUUCAAAAGGGCGCCGCUAAAUCUCUUAUAAUCUCUAAUCAAGGGCGCCAAAAAUAAAUUAGCGUAGGGCGUCAAAAACCCAGUUACACCUCUGUCUGUGAUCGUGAAAUUGAAUCUGUGUUUUUACAGUCUUGAUAACAUUAAGAUCUUUCAAAUGUUACGAUCUUCCUUCUUACAAUUAGCAACUCCCGCAGUAGGUGCAGAUGCUGAACUGACUGUUUGAUAAGCCCUACUUGUCUAGGGAAACAAUUAUGUCUGUCGACUGCUUUCAUCCACAUGGCCACACUUGGUCACUAUAAUAAGUAACGAUGCAGAGUUAAAAUAAUAGAGUUCUUGAUUUACAAGUUCUCCUUGGAUAUUACACAGUUUCCAAAACCCACAAGUUGCACACAAUGAAAACUACUUGCUAACAGCUAAAAACAAGAUUGUCUGACACUCCAAUCUGAGUUCACCACCAACCUCUCACAAAACACUUGGCAACACUUCCCCCUCAACAUAACUUAACACACCACCUUUUAAAACUCCCUGCACAACGAACACUCAGCACACUCUCUGAACCACAAACUGACCCCAUGAUCUCGACCGCCCGAAAUGCUCUCAUGGUCAACAACUUUUCAUACCAACAUUCACGCUCCUAAAUCUAGUCCCCAACACUGAUCAGUCGUCAAGCUUGUUUUCUUGGGGUAAGAUUACACGCCAUUCAUGUUAACUGAAAAUAUCUAAUACACCCUUCAAACAAUUUCAGGCUUUAAUGAUUCUGAUGGUUAUUUAAAUGCCUUGGGAGGGGCCUUAUCUUUAUAGGUUUGUUUGUGUACCAGGUGCGAAUGUAAACAUAUUUCCUCUUAUUAUUAACAAAUAAAUGUUUAAAAAAUUGAAAAGCCGUAUGUUAUGCACAUUUUCUCUUCAGCGCCGCAUUCGACUAAUUCUUGUAGAGGGCUGCCUUAAAAGCUGGGGCCGUGCGGAACUUGUGAUAAAAAUCCUGGACAAUGACCUGCCUGACGAAGACAUCGCUCUGGAAGAUGUGGUGGAGGCUGUCAGGAACUGCCAGGACAGGCUGAGCGCGAUCGCUUACUUGCAGCAGGAGUGUGCCGUCUGCUUCACCAAGUUUCCCAUGAGCAAGGUAAACACUGAAACCACUCAUCAAAAUGAGACAUUACAAACCACACCAUGGUAAAAUUUAACUAAAUAUAUUGAAGUUUCAGUGAUAAACAAAAUUUCAGUAAAAUUCUGUAUUAACUGAGAAAUUAUCAAUCGUUUAACAAAAUUUAAGAGAUUAUAUACAUUUAAUACAUUGUAUUAAAUAAAAUCAUUAUAAACGUGUCGAGCCCUAAUAAUUCACACAUUUUUUCCCGUUCUUAUUUAAAUUUCAUUUUUUCUCUACCCCUGGCAAAGGCCCUAAUUUAUUUGUCCUGUUUUAAUUUCACAGAUCCGCAGUUUAAACUUUUGCCAAUGUAAGAUGUGUGAGCAGUGCCUGGCAACAAACUUUGAGAUCGUCAUCAGAGAAAAACAUGUCCGGCAUUGGACUUGUCCACUGUGCUCCUUGCCUGAUCUCAAUGACACUGAAAUAGCUUCAGAUUACCUGCAGUUCCUUACUAUGCUGGUAAGUGUUUGGUGCUUGUAUCAUACAAAACUCCUUGUCAUACAUCAAAAUGAUGGGUUGUAUCAUCUCACUCCUUGUAUCCAUCAAACUGAUGGGUUGUAUCAUCUCACUCCUUGUAUCCAUCAAACUGAUGGGUUGUAUCAUCUCACUCCUUGUAUCCUUCUAACUGAUGGGUUGUAUCAUCUCACUCCUGGUAUCCAUCAAACUGAUGGGUUGUAUCAUCUCACUCCUUGUAUCCAUCAAACUGAUGGGUUGUAUCAUCUCACUCCUUGUAUCCAUCAAACUGAUGGGUUUAUCAUCUCACUCCUUGUAUCCAUCAAACUGAUGAGUUGUAUCAUCUCACUCCUUGUAUCCAUCAAACUGAUGGGUUGUAUCAUCUCACUCCUUGUAUCCAUCAAACUGAUGAGUUGUAUCAUCUCACUCCUUGUAUCCAUCAAAAUGAUGGGUUGUAUCAUCUCACUCCUUGUAUCCAUCAAACUGAUGGGUUGUAUCACCUCACUCCUUGUAUCCAUCAAACUGAUGGGUUGUAUCAUCUCACUCCUUGUAUCCAUCUAACUGAUGGGUUGUAUCAUCUCACUCCUUGUAUCCAUCAAACUGAUGGGUUCUAUCAUCUCACUCCUUGUAUCCAUCAAACUGAUGAGUUGUAUCAUCUCACUCCUUGUAUCCAUCAAACUGAUGAGUUGUAUCAUCUCACACCUUGUAUCCAUCAAACUGAUGGGUUGUAUCAUCUCACUCCUUGUAUCCAUCAAACUGAUGGGUUGUAUCAUCUCACUCCUUGUAUCCAUCAAACUGAUGGGUUGUAUCAUCUCACUCCUUGUAUCCAUCAAACUGAUGGGUUCUAUCAUCUCACUCCUUGUAUCCAUCAAACUGAUGAGUUGUAUCAUCUCACUCCUUGUAUCCAUCAAACUGAUGGGUUGUAUCAUCUCACUCCUUGUAUCCAUCAAACGGGUUGUAUCAUCUCACUCCUUGUAUCCAUCAAACUGAUGGGUUGCAUCAUCUGACUCCUUUUAUCCAUCAAACUGAUGUGUUGUAUCAUUCGACUUCUUGUAUCCAUCAAACUGAUGUGUUGUAUCAUCUGAUAUAUUGUAUCUAUCAAAAUGUCCCUAACCCUAACCUGGUUGUAUCAUACAAAACUCCUUGCCAUCCAUCAAACUGAUGGGUUGUCUAAUUAUUUGGGUUACAUUUACCAUUUCUUUAACGGGAAAAGUAGCACUGAAAGUUUACUGAGUAAAGUAAUUGUAUAAAUAUUUUGAUAUUACACAAGAAUAGAAAGGCUUUGGUUUUAAAUGAUAAGUUAGUUUACAUAGUAUUUACUUCCCUUCAGCUCCAGCCAUUGGUAUCUCAAGAAUUACAAAACCUGUUUGAAAUCAAAGUCAGGGACUGGCAUUUACAGAAGGACCCGAACUUCCGCUGGUGUGCACACGUGAGUUCCACGCUUGUUUUAACUUAUCUCCCAUCACAUUCCAUCAUAGUUGAGAUGUGUACAGUUAUAAAUAAACAUUUAACUAUUUCUCUCCAGAAUUAAUUUCCGCGUUUUGACGGAAUUAUCUAUGUUGCAUAUUUGUUACACACUACUAUGUUAUCUCCAAACCAUCAUAACUUUUUUUGUUUUUCAUCAGAAAAUGUUAAGUUUGGUAUGGAAUUAUAUGGGAAUAUAAUUUACAGUCAAUACAAACUUGGGUUUAAAUUUUAAGAUAUAAAUGUGAUUAUGAUUUAAGGAAAAUAAAAAUUGUAAAUAAAAACCUCACCAAAUGUUUACAAAAUGCUCAUUCCAAGUCCGGCAAAGAGAAAUUUAUAAUCCAAAGCGUAACAAUAAUGUUUUAUUUUCUGAACUAUAUCCUUAUGUGCAUCACAAAUAAUGAAGAUCACAUAAAAAAAAGGAGAAAAAAAAUGGAACACCAGAGCACAUUAUUCAUUGUCAAAGCCACACACAAAAUGUCUGAAAAAACCUAACUAUUUCCACUGGAAACAAUCUGUUGCUAUUAGAAAAUACUUGCACUGUAUCCUUGUAUGUACUAAUAUUGACUAUGGUAAAUGGAAAAUUUACCAUAAAUUUAUCAUAUCUUUUCAUCUGGGUUUAGCUAUGGUAAGCCUGAAAACAAUCCAUAUGGAUGUGUGGAUUUGACUCACAUCCAUCACAAAUGUAUACCGGUACAGUUUGCCCUGUUCUAUAGUGUUUGCACACUGUCCUUUUUGGAGCUAACAGGCACAUGUUUUGCUUCGAUAAGUCUUGUUGGGGUGUUGAUUUUAAUUCUUUAGGCAGCAUACUCAUUUAUUGAGAGUUCAAGCUUGUGAAUAAAUUGUGUGUCCAGCAAAAUAAAAAAAACAGCAAAAAAAACCAGCCAAUGUCAUUUGACUUACUAGUCACACUACAAGCUCCAAAUUUACACCCACAUUUUUCAAAGGUAAAAAAUCUGAAAUUGCACUCAGUCUUAGUGCUGAGAUCAUCAGCUUUCCUUUUAGAAUCUUAGAUUAUUUAGUGUAGGAACAGUAGUAGCUCUUCUAGAAGGCACUUUAGCUGAGGGGUGGGGCUAGUUUUUUAUCAGCUGAUGAAUUAUCAAUUUCAUUAUUUCGUCUCACUAGUACUAUUUUAAUACUAGUGCUAGGAUUAUAAUUAAACGAUUCAUCAGAAUCAGCCUCUGCAUCUGAAAUCAUAAAAUGUCUGAAUCGUCAUCAAAGUAAUAUUUUCAACCUUUAUUAGAUUGAUCACCAGAUGGGUCAGGUCAAGAUUUCAUUUUUGUAAACAAAAAUAAAAUGGACAAUCAAAACAACCGCUUCAAACAUUAAAUUCUAUGUAAAAACUUGUUGAAAUAAAGAAAAACCGGAUGUUUAUUAAAAGGAAAUCAUUCUAGAUUUGAUUAAAAGUAACUAAAAACCAAUAGUUAAGAAAAGAAUCGAACUAAACAGGUUUUUAUACAUCCAGUCCGAAACCUCAUUUAAAAUUGACGAUGGAAGCGUUGAUCUGGAGAGAAAGAGUUAAUAAGCAAUGAAAUGGAUUAUAUAUUCAUUGCCAUGGGGUUUAUCAAGCCUCAAGUUGUUGACCCGAUCAGUUUAGAUGUUUGUUUUGUGAAUAUAUUUCAGUGUGCCGAGGGUUUUCUAGCAGAAAAUCGUGGUCACCAGCUACGACUGACUUGUCCUCACUGUGGAGAGAAAACUUGCUUUUCUUGCAAGAAGGAGGUAAGCUUGUUUUGAAACUGUGCGCGGAGAGAUGACUUGGGGAGAAAUUGAUUCUUCCAACAACCUCUAAAUAAUUCAAUUUAGGCUUCUCUCUUAAAACUUCUUCUAUUUUGUAUUAGAAAAAUUAAUAUAUUUUGUCCAUGUUUUAAAAAGCUACCUGAUUUGAUAAUCUGAAUGAUUUUUGUGUGUCCCCCAGUGGGAGGAGCAACAUGAAGGACUGACUUGUGAAGAGUACGCCCAAUGGAAGAUUGACAACGACCCCAACAAUCAGUCGGUGGGGCUUGCCAAACAUUUGGAUGAGAACGGGAUUGGUCAGUUGUUUUAUAGGACAUUUCAGAGCAUGAAGUCUUUGCUUAAAAUUACAUACAGUGAAUGGAAAAAUAAAGAAAAGAGAUAUUUACUUAGAUUUUGGGGUUUUCCAGACCAUAAUUUAACAGUGGAGGAAUUUAUUUUUAACCAGCUUUUCUUGUCCUAUAAUGGUAGUAAGGGGGAGAGACUGCAAGCAGGCUACUGAAAUGAAGUAUAGGAAAACCUGAAUAAAAGAGUGCAACAAAACAAUGUAUGUGUCGACAAGAAGUCUUCAUCCGCGAACAGUAAAAACAGAAUCAAAUAAAAAUAGCACUUAGCUGUACUGUAAUAUCCGAAAGUUACAUCGCAGCUAAGUUUUAUUCUGAUUUAAUUCUGUUUCUGCUUUUGUUUGUUUGCUUAUGAAGGCUUCUUGUCGAAAUGUGUGUCCUGUGUCACAAUCACAAUGUCUUAAGAAUUAUAACAGAGGCGUAGUGGUUCAAAUGAUAGUGACUAAUACUUCAUUGCACUCACAAUGAUAAUAGUUGAUACUUGAAAUAGGUCUACAUCUUAUGCCGCACAAACUAAAUCCAAAAACUCUUGGAAUGUAUCACAAGUAUUUCAAUCUCAGUAAAAGUGAGGGUUAUCACUCUAUAAAUCUUCAUUUAAACAUAAACAUUUUCUGUUCAAUCUAUCCUCCUACAUAAACUUCGUGAAUUCAACUGUCAGGCUCCAUUUUGUUCUUGCUCUACUCUGAUUGGCUAGAUUUUCCUAAGUCUCGAUAGUGUGUAUAUUACAUAAGUAAUACUUCCCAUAUUACUUAUCUCCCAUAUAUUCAUAUCUGUGACACCAACACAUUCGUUAUUUUGUUACGUUUUUUUUCCCCCUGGUUUUCCCCAUUCUGCAUUUUGGUCAUUUCCUUGUUGUCCCAUAAACCCCUUUAAAACUUUGUUUAACUUCCAUGUCCUGGAGCCCACAUGAUUUAUGUUCUCUAUUUCUAGACUGCCCCAUGUGUAAGAUGAGAUUUGCCCUGGCCAAAGGAGGUUGUAUGCAUUUCAAAUGCCCCAACUGUGGCCAUGAGUUCUGUAGUGGAUGCAAUGAACCAUACCAUCACAAAGAAGUAAGUUUACUUGAUAGAAUGUAGUGGAUGCAAUGAACCAUACCAUCACAAAGAAGUAAGUUUACUUGAUAGAAUGUAGUGGAUGCAAUGAACCAUCUAUCGGCAUCCUUCCGUCUCGUGAGACGAUGGUGCAUCACCGUUGGGUUGGGUUGCAUUUUCUCGACUGGCUGUGCAGUCCUAUCCUUGAGUGACAGUCUUUACCACAGUUUUUGCACACGAGUUCCGUGCUUCUAAAUGUUUUGGCCUUUCUGCUAGCUCUUCUGUCUGCAGCCUCUUCCAUUCUUCGCUCCUCGGCCACCAUGACGCCCUCUUUGACAACUGUGCGCCACGUAGAUCGGUCUUUUGCCUUACACUCCCAGUCACUUGUAUGUAUUUUAAUGAACCAUACCAUCACAAAGAAGUAAGUUUACUUGAUAGAAUGUAGUGGAUGCAAUGAACCAUACCAUCACAAAGAAGUAAGUUUACGUGAUAGAAUGUAGUGGAUGCAAUGAACCAUACCAUCACAAAGAAGUAAGUUUAUGUGAUAGAAUGUAGUGGAUGCAAUGAACCAUACCAUCACAAAGAAGUAAGUUUACUUGAUAGAAUGUAGUGGAUGCAAUGAACCAUACCAUCACAAAGAAGUAAGUUUACUUGAUAGAAUGUAGUGGAUGCAAUGAACCAUACCAUCACAAAGAAGUAAGUUUACUUGAUAGAAUGUAGUGGAUGCAAUGAACCAUACCAUCACAAAGAAGUAAGUUUACGUGAUAGAAUGUAGUGGAUGCAAUGAACCAUACCAUCACAAAGAAGUAAGUUUAUGUGAUAGAAUGUAGUGGAUGCAAUGAACCAUACCAUCACAAAGAAGUAAGUUUACUUGAUAGAAUGUAGUGGAUGCAAUGAACCAUACCAUCACAAAGAAGUAAGUUUACGUGAUAGAAUGUAGUGGAUGCAAUGAACCAUACCAUCACAAAGAAGUAAGUUUAUGUGAUAGAAUGUAGUGGAUGCAAUGAACCAUACCAUCACAAAGAAGUAAGUUUACUUGAUAGAAUGUAGUGGAUGCAAUGAACCAUACCAUCACAAAGAAGUAAGUUUACUUGAUAGAAUGUAGUGGAUGCAAUGAACCAUACCAUCACAAAGAAGUAAGUUUACUUGAUAGAAUGUAGUGGAUGCAAUGAACCAUACCAUCACAAAGAAGUAAGUUUACUUGAUAGAAUUUAGUGCAUACAAUGAGCCAUAGCAUCACAAAGAAGUAAGUUUAUGUGAUAGAAUGUAGUGGAUGCAAUGAGCCAUAUCAUGACAAAGAAGUAAGUAUACUUGAUAGAAUUUAGUGGAUGCUAUGAGCCAUACCAUCACAAAGAAAUAACUUUACUUGAUAGAAUACGCAUGGCCUGAUUUAAAAGGCAACACCAAUGUUAUCACAUCAGCUUUAUAUCAACUUGGCGAGAGCAAUAUGUAUGUAUAUGUGUAAGUUUAUUCGUUAAAAUAGUUUCAUUUGAUGUUAAGAUUAUGUUCAGAUGAUCAUAUCUCUGUUCAGUGCAAUGCUACUGAGCUAAACAGCCAAGUCUUUAAGUUGCUUAUAUUCUAUUACAAUAAUGUUAUUUACCACUUAUGAGAGAUUGUGAAUCAGAAGCAAAAACAAGAUGUAGUCAUGGCUUCUGUUAAACAAUGGCAUGUGUUUAACAAUAGCUUCUGUUAAACAGUUCUAUAUUUCAAAAAUAUGUUCUCCCAUUUAAUCUUAUUAAAUUAAUAUAGAGAGAAGAUACUUUAAAAAAAAAUAUUGUUGACCAAUGAAGAUAAGUUAUUUCUGUUAUGUUGCCUUCAGCGUGUCUUCUUUGAAUUGUGCAUUUAACUUUGACAAUGAAUCCAGGUAUGUAACAAGUACAAGACGUGCAAGAACUUGGGCCUUCAUUGUCACUGUCCUAGAGAUUGCUUCUCUUACAUGAGGGACUACAGUGUGCCACAGCUACAGACCCUGCUUAAGGUAUUAUUUCCAUAACACUUGUUAUGGUAGCACAAUUAACACAACUAAUCAUAUGGUGCUUUGUGGAGUUAUAAACGUAAAACUUAUACAUGCAACACCAGCUGGACUGUGAGACCUUACACAACAUCAUCUGGGUUGUGAGACCUUAGGAUACACCAAUUGGGCUGUGAGACCUUAGGCAACACCAGAUGGACUGUGAGACCUUAGGCAACACCAGCUGGACUGUGAGACCUUGGGUAACACCAGCUGAGCUGUGAGACCUUGGGCAACACCAGCUGGACUCUGAGACCUUGCGCAACAUCAUCUGGGUUGUGAGACCUUAGGAAACAUCAUCUGGGUUGUGAGACCUUAGGCAACACCAGCUGGUCUGUGAGACCUUAGGCAACACCAGCUAGGCUGUGAGACCUUGGGCAACAACAUUUGGACUGUGAGACCUUAGACAACACAAGCUGGACUGUGAAACCUUAGGUCAUUCUUUUAAGUUUUUCAGGAAAAAAGUAAUUAUGAAGGUUUAAUUUGUAUGCUUUCUCGAUAAGAAAUAUCUUUGACAUAAUAGAGAUAUUUUUUAAAAUUUAACUUAAGGAACUUACUUUUGUGGUAAGUUUCAAUAGCUAAAAUAAGAAAACUAAUUUAUUAGUAUCAAAAAAUUGUUUUCAUUUAAUGUUUCAUCUGGGGCGGGGCAGUCAAUGUCAUUGUGCAAAUGUUGAAUAUUAUACAUUGUUUUAGUUAUUGAGGUCAUUCUUAAUGCAGAGCUUGUGUCUGCCUGCUCAAGUUUGUGUCUGCCUGCUCAAGUUUGUGUCUGCUUGUUCAAGUUUGUGUCUGCUUGUUCAAGUUUGUGUCUGCUUGUUCAAGUUUGUGUCUGCUUGUUCAAGUUUGUGUCUGCUUGUUCAAGUUUGUGUCUGCUUGUUCAAGUUUGUGUCUGCUUGUUCAACGUUCACUCAAUAGAAGAUCAUUGACAGCAGUGAUUGCUAUUUUUUAAAUCUACCAGCACAAAUGCCAUAAAAUCAUUUUGAAACUAAGAAAGAGUGAAACAAUGAAAUUAGAGUUAUCCCCCCUUGCAUUCCAGCAACAUAAAGUGCCUUUCAAUGUGAGAACACCCGAUGACCAACCAGAUGCCAUGCACUGUCCAGUGAUGGAACAAAAAGAAUUUGAUUUGGUCAAGAAAGAUGAGAAAUGCGGCAAGGAAUCAGUGGAUGGUCAAGCUGGACUUUGCGAGUAAGUUGAAGUUUUUGUUAAAUGAUGAAAAUGUUUUUAAAACAAGAUUUGUAUUUCCUGUGAAUAACAUGAGGAAGGUCCUCUAACUCUGACUGAUGAACCCUAAAAUAUCUUUAACUUAAUAGCAGUUUUUUUUUUUUCUGAAUCAAAUUCUGGCAUGUCAGAACCUUUCCCUUGAUGAAAAGAGUUUUAAAAUUGACAUGAUAACUUAGCACUUAGCUCCAUGGUGGCCACACAGGAUCAAGCCUUGUGUGAUAGGGAUUCUCAGCCUACUCGUGUGUUAUGCAUUGCCAAAUCUCAUCUCUAUCUACAGGCUCCACUACAAGGAGUAUCUGGUGGACAUCAUAAACAGACACAAGCUUGACCCGUUGUCUCUCAUGACAAGGGAUGCUAUGAUUGUCCUCAUCCGAAGAUAUGACCUGGCCGUCCCCCACCAAAAAGUCGGUGAUACACCUGAAGCUUACCUGGCUUGUCUGACCAAGGUAAAAAAAUAA